AUGAGUUCACUAAGAGACACCUUACUUAAGUUAAAAGAGAAGAAACAAGCUGAACUCUCUGGUAAAACCGCUACUUAGCCUUGGGUGAAAAAGGGAGAUUUGGAAAAAGAAAGAUAGCAUAAAUACAUGGAGGAACAGAAUAAGAGAGAAGAGGAGAAAAAACAGAGACAAUAGUAAAAAAUAAAAGACAUUUAAGAAUUCUACUCAUCAGCAGUACAUACUACUUAUCAGCAAUAGAAAAUCAAUGAUCAAAAUAAAAAGGCACUAGAUAUCUCUGCAUAGCAGGCAUAAUCUAUUGAAGUGGCCGGGGAAUUGCCUAUUUCAAGAAAGGAAGUAGUUAUAAGACUUAGACAUCACAAUCAGCCAGCUAGCUAUUUCGGGGAGACUGACAAAUAGCGAUACCAAAGACUAAUUGAAUUCGAGGAGAAAUUAGGUGACGGGAUUCGAAAUGAAGAGGAGGACACAAUUAAGUCUUUAAUCUCAGAUGACUCAGAAGUUGAAAAGCUUUAAUUAGAAAGAUUCAUGGAAAACUUUCAGAAUUAAAGCAAGGAAAAUAACUCACUCGGCGAUCACACUCAUGAAGAAGUUAAAGAUGAAAUAAUGUUGAAUCCUCUUGUCAAGAAAAGCGAUGCGAAUAAGGUUGACUAGUACAUUGGCAGGUACAAAACAGAAGAUGAAAUGAGGAUAGGAGAUAGAAAUAUUAAUGAAUUGGUGGAGAUUAAGGAGAAAAACAAUCAGACAUUCAGAAACUAUAAGAAGUUUGAGACUUCUUGCAAGAGACAUCCUGUAGAUGAAAAAUGCAAUAUCAUCUAUCUCUGGUGCAAGAAGAUGCUCAAGGCUUGGGAAACAGACCUGUUUGAGAAGCCUGAAGACUUCCUUAGGAGUGCUGAGGGUAAGCAAGAGAUAGGAACUCAUAAGCAGUGUGUCAGACACUGUAAACCCUUCUUCAAACAACUUAAAAAGAGAUAAAUGAAUUAGGAAAUUAUGGAUGGAGUAUACUUGAUAGUGCAAUACACUCUUAUGAAAGAAUAUGUAAGGGCUCAUGAUAAGUAUUUGGAACUUGCUAUUGGCAAUGCUCCCUGGCCUAUGGGAGUCACUAUGGUUGGUAUUCACGAGAGAGCUGGUAGAUCUAAGAUUUUCUCCAGUCAAGUGGCGCAUAUUUUGAAUGAUGAAAAUCAGAGGAAGUCACUACAGUCAAUUAAAAGGCUUUUAAGUGUCUGCCAAAGAUGUUUCCCAACUGAUCCCUCGAAAUAAAUGACAACAUCUGGCGGAAUAAUAGGAACAAUAAAUGCUAUCUCGGGAAAUGAUAAGGGUAGGUCUGUACGUAAAUAUAGAAUUUGCGUUCUUGGCCCAUCAUUUGUCGGAAAAACUUCAAUCAUUAAUCGCUUUAUUAAUAACAGUUUCUCCGCAUAUUAUGAACCCACUCUGCAUGCUAUGAUCUACAGAAGAGCUUUUAAUAUUUUGGAAGACUAAGAUGUAGACCCUCAGUAUAUAGAGCUUGAAAUAAUUGAUGUGUUCCCUCAUGAUCAUCCACUUCUAGACAAGGACCCAGAUUUCAAUGAACUUUCCAGAGAGAUGUCUGUCACUCUUAAUGAUAUUGUUAAGAAUAACUUCGGAAAUGAUGCUGCCAGUAAAAUACAUGCCUAUAUGUUCAUAUACGAUGCUAGCAACAAAUUCACCUUUGAUACUCUUUCGUGUCUGAUUGAAACUAUUAAGGAAAUAGAGAAGUCUGAACGCAGGGGUAAGAAGGCAAUGAUGUAUUCACCCAAGAAAAUAGUAAUUGGAAAUAAAAAGGACUUGAAAAAGAAGAAGUAGAUAUUAGAUAAAAAUGACUUGAAAAAACUGGAGGGUAUGAGAUUUAGAGAAGUGAGUGCACUUACGAAUUAAGGAAUAUAUGAAGCGUUUAAGGUUUUGAUUGGAGAUAUACAUAGCUGCAAUAUACUGCAUAAGGAAUUUUACGAUUUGGAAAAGCUAAAGAAUAGAGAGUAGGAUGAGUUGAAAGACAUGGAGGAUUAUAACGGGAAUAGAAUGAAAGUCAAAUAGUCAAGAGGACUAAUGGGAAUGCUGCCUUUUGGAGGCUGCUAUGGAGUAAUAAUAUGGAUUUAAGAAUUAUAGGCAAGAGAUGAUGGCUCGGAUGAAGAGGAAAAGCAAGACUCAAGUUAAGAUGAAACCGAACAAGAUGAAAAGUCAAACACGGAGAAUUCAAAGGAUAAAAAAGAUCAGAAAAAUGGAAAUACUGGAGGAGAAAAUGCUUAGAAUUAGCAGAGCGAAUCUGGUUGCAAUAUUUUUUGA